AUCACAAACGAACUUUGAAUCAAUAUGUUUUCUUGUUAUCACCUCUAACCUACUUUUUCCCAUAAGCAAAAUUGCAAAAAAUAUUAUCAUCUGCCAUGCUCAAUUCUAUAACCAAAAAUAUAAUCAUCCUCACAAUUGUAUGUCAUUGCCUAAAUUUACAUGUAUGUAACUCACUACGAUUUGAACUCUUAUCAGGAUCCACAAAAUGCAUUUCGGAAGAGAUCAAGCAUGAUGUCAUGACUGUUGGAAAUUACAAUGUCAUCAACCCAAGUGAAGGGUAUCCUCUCCCCUACAGUCAUCGGAUUAGUGCUCGGGUUAUAUCGCCACGAGGUCGUAAUUACCAUCAUACGGAUAAAGUGGAAUCAGGCAACUUUGCAUUCACAGCACCGGAAACUGGGGAUUAUAUGACAUGCUUUUGGGCUUCAAACAAUAAUCCUCCAAAAAAUGUAUCUAUUGAGUUCGAGUGGAAGACAGGGAUUGAUGUUAGCGAAUGGUACAAUGUAGCUCGUAAAGGACAAAUUGAUUUGUUGGAUAUUGAGGUGAAGAGAUUAUACGACACCGUGAAAUCUAUCCAUGACGAGAUGUAUUACCUUCGUGAAAGAGAAGAAGAAAUGCAGCUACUGAAUAUAUCAACCAAAUCAAAAAUGACAAUAUUCAGUUUCUUCUCAAUCAUUCUUGUCAUGUUUGUGGCUGCAAUACAAAUUUGGCAUCUUAAGAGAUAUUUUGAGAGGAAAAAGAUUCUCUAAUUUAUAUAAUCCAUGUAUAAGAAUUUGGAGGAGAUUUCAUUCCCUUUCCUCAUUUUUCAACUUCAUAGCAAGCGCUUGCAUAUAGCAACUACUCUAAUAUCCUGAUG